CAACUCGAUUUUGUUGCUCAGGCCCACGAGCGUUUACAUCAGUGUAUCCAGUUAACAAUGCAAGAAUUCUUCGAAAUCAAAUCUACAAAUUCCGAUGCCGUACUACGGGAGAACCAAUUGGUACUGGAUACUGUGUGUCAGUUUGAAAAGGAACUGGACACUGAGCUGUCUUCUUUGGAGUCCGAACUUGAUCAAGAGAAGAACGGUGAGAAAGUUGCUGCCAAAGAACUUCGAGAAAUCUCACAAAUGUUCAAGGCCAAAACGUCACAACUCAGAUCCAUUGUUGACGAAACAGAGCAAACUGCACUUCAAGUAAACCAGGUCCGAGCUGCUAAUCAAAAACUCAAUCAGGAACUCUCCGAAUGCGUUCGUCACGUUGUUCGUGACACAGAUCUCCGACCCGAUGUUAUCCUCGGCCCGCCUGGUGCAACUGAACUCUAUGUUCCUUUGAACGCAUUUACUGGACAAAUGCGCACGGCGGAUGUGCAAAUUAUUGCACCACGAGACUGUGAGGCUGUACAUACUUUGGCCGAAAACGUGGUCCAUUGGUUCAACUCGCGUGAGGGACGCACACAGUUCUGCAAUCGACUGGUUGGUGUGACCCUGGAGAAAUCGGUUUGGUACGUGGAAUACACCAUGGCACCCUGUUUCCUGCUAGCUGGUGAUUUACGAGCUAUAUUUCUGAGUGGCCAGGGUGUGAAACUAGAAUGUACUCCGCCGCUCGAAGCGAUAUUCGCAACACCUGGCCAACGGUCCAUACUACAUCGAUCCGUCAUGUCCGCCUCAGUGAGUGGUGACACAAGCGAACUCAAAUCGGGCUGUUGUUGGGAUCGCAGUCCCCUUGAUAGACCGAUCCCGGGAGGACCGUUUUAUAUUACUGUGAAGUUAUCUCAUCAAGACACGCUGACGGUGCUCCUCAUACGGAUUGUACUGCCCAGUUUGGAAUCAGAUGGUGCGCAACCACCAGAUGUGUCCGUCAAAGUUGUACUUGGGCAACUGAAGGCGGGCGAACUCGACAAGGUGACGGAGCUGUGCAAGGUAUAUCCCGGUUAUAUACACAAAGCCGUACAAAUGGUGCAACAGUUCCUGUCUGCAACAUGUGCUUAA